AUGGAUGCUCAUGUUCGCUCCCCGCUCGGCAAGCUUCCGGCUGCUGCCGCGAGCCGUGGCUGGGGCGCCAAGCUGGUGUCAGAGCUUGGAGGCCUCUGCCCGGGGGCGGGCUACCGCUUCCUGCGGCAGCGCCUUGACUGCGCGUGGGCGGCGCCGCUGUCGCCGACGGUUGCCCUGAACGUCUCCCUUGGGGCGGGCAUCCUCUACCCUCUUGACGGCGGCACCGCCGCCGCCGCCGGCCGUGGCGGCGCCAGCGACACCGCUGUCGGCGCCGGCGCCGGCGCUGGCGCGUUCGAGGCGGCCCUCGGCCGCGGCUCCGCGCGGCCGCCCUCCUUCCUCGGCGACCGCUUCUUCCUCGGCGGCGUCGACUCCGUCCGAGGUUUCGCGCCGCGCGGCGUCGGCCCCGCGGCAGAGCGGCGCCGCGGCGGCGGCAGCGCCAGCGGCGGCGGCGGCGGCAGCCUGGGCGCUGAGAGACAGGAAGACGCCCUCGGGGGGGACCUCUUCGGUUCUUUGUACGCUGCCCUGGUCGCCCGCCUGCCGGGCCCCCUCGGCGACCUGGGCGCCUGCGCUCACGCAUUUGUCAACGCCGGCAGCCUGACCGCCCUCGCCCCGAGGCGGGACCCCGGGUUCGUGCUCAGCAGCGCGCCGCCACGCGGCGGCGGCGCGGCGGCGCUCGCCGACGCGGCGGCGCGGGGGCUGGGGGAGCUGGGGGCUGCGUGUCGAUGGGCUGCCGGCGUUGGUGUCGUUCUGCCGACGCGGAUGGGGCGGUUCGAGGCGAAUUACGUUUGGGUGCUGUCGUCGCAGCCGGGGGACCGCGUGGGCGCGGGGGUGCAGCUUGGGUUUGCCGCGAGCCCGCUGGCGCAGGCGGCGCCAGAGUGA